AUGACUAAAUCUAAGCGGGAUGGAGGCUUAGGCUUUAGAGAAAUACAGAGUUUUAAUGACGCACUGCUGGCUAAAGUGAGCUGGAGGAUUUUAAAAUCACCAACAAGCCUCUUAGCACGCGUCCUGGCUGAGAAAUACUACCACAAUCAAGAUUUCCUCACUGUCAAUCCACCUGCUUCUUGCUCUCAUGGAUGGAGGGGUAUUCUAAUUGGGCAAGAUCUACUUAAAGGGCAUAUAGGAUGGGCUAUAGGAGACGGGAAAAGCGUACUGGCAUGGCAAGACUCUUGGCUCCUCUCGGAAGUAGGCGGAGUCCCAAUGGGACCUAUAACAGAGGAAGCCUCGAACAUGAAAGUCUCUGAUCUAUUCAAACACCAGUCAAGGGAAUGGGACACAGAGAAAGUCGACAAACACUUUCCACUAAUCUCCUCUUCUAUCAGAUCAAUUAUGCCAAGCAAAUGGGGUGGAGCAGACAAGAGAAUAUGGCUCAAUCAUGCCUCAGGAAACUAUUCUGCGAAGUCGGGUUACUAUAUUGCACUACAAAAGAAUAACUUAGCUACCCAGGCUAUGCAAGAACCUACUCAAGAAUGGAUCAAAGAGCUAUGGAAUGUUGAGAUGUCCCCUAAGCUAAAGCUCCUAAUCUGGAAAAUUCUACAUGGCGCUCUUCCUGUUUGGAAUUUGGUACCUUUUGCAGGAAACAUUGAUUGGUCUCAGGUCUCGUCUUUUGAUAGAGGCUGGAGCCUAGCUCUAAAGGCUAUCAAACGCAACUUCUCAGCUCAGGAAACAAUCACAAAAGCUAUAUGUGAUGCUAAAGAAUGGAAAGAAGCCCAACAUGUGCUACCACCGAAGAACAAAAAACCGCAAGCGUCACACUCGUCUAGAAUUGAAGUCAUCUGUCGAUCUGAUGCUGCGUGGAAGAAGGAAACCAAGGCUGCUGGUCUCGCGUGGACCUUCAGUGAUCGAAGUAAUGAGAGAUUUUACUCUCACACUGUUACAUGUGAGCUUGUGAUCUCGUCUCUUGUGGCGGAGGGACUAGCAAUGCCUUCGGCGAUGGAGCAAGCAAUUGAUCUCCAAUUGAAGAAGGUGAUGUCCGAAUCUGAUUCCCUCCAAUUGAUCUCCUCGAUUAAAGGCUCAUCAGACUUUGCAGAACUUCAUGGCAUCUUAUUGGAUAUCCACCUCCUUUCCUUUUAUUUUGAUGUAAUUGCUUUUCGUUUUAGCCAUCAAAACUUCCUAGCUUUCAAAGAUGGUUUAGCUAAACAAGCCCUAAGGGGCAUUGUACCGAACCCGGUUUAA